UUCCGGAUGUUAUAGGACGAGGACGGAGGAGAAGGAAGUGUUCAACUAAUUAUAUUAUGACACUUAGUAAUCUCGGUAAUCUCUGGUUCGAUGAGAGGAUUUUCAAAGAGAAAAAAAGUAGAGACCAUUGUGGAAUAUGACACGUGGCGGAAGAUCAACGGGGGAGUAUACAUCAUGCUGGUUGUGGUUGUACGUUUGGGGUAGUUGAAUCAUUUUAGUUAUUGGACUGCGAAGGAAUACCAGGAGGGUAUGCCCAUAGACAAAGUUAAGGGCUCAAUAGAAAAUAAGCCUAAAACCCAAGUUGUAAAUAUUGACAAUGAUAUUCCUGGUGUAUCUUGUAAGCAACCACGUAAAGGACGUAACGACAGAAGGAGCUGGUGGUGGAAAAAACGAACUUCAACAAAGCCAGCAAUAUUGAUCAAUAAGAUAAGAUUCCAGGGUUGCGUCAUGCGUGAGCGAAUUUUCCAAGCUCAGCUGCCUCAGUAUUCACCAAUAAGUUCACAAGUCACACAAAGCUAAGCAAACGUAAACAUUGUCGAUUGAAAAUGGAGCAAAGCAAAGGCAGGAGAGUGAUCCUCUUCCCGAUGCCCUUCCAAGGGCACAUAAACCCUAUGCUGGAACUGGCCAAAAUUCUGCAUUCCAAAGGCUUCUCCAUAGCCAUCAUCUACACCAACGUCAACUCCCUCAAUCCUUCAACCCUAAACCCAAACUUCACCUACCAUUCAAUCCCUGUUGACUUGACAGAAAACGAGGCGUCCAUCAAGGAUCCCACCCUUCGUCUUUCUAUUCUAAAUGCUAAAUGUGUUGAGCCUUUCAGAGAAUGCUUGUCCGGGUUGUUAUCCGACGACGUUAAUUCGGAGGACCCCGUUGCAUGCUUGAUCUCGGAUCCUCUCUUCGAUUUCACUCGAUCGGUUGCGGAGAGCUUUAAGCUGCCGAGGAUCGUGUUAAGAACAGGGGGUGCCGCUUCCUUGGCUGUUUUUGCUGCAUUUCCACUUCUCAAGGAAAAAGGUUACCUACCAAUACCAGAUUCUCGACUAGAAGAGCUGGUGACGGAGCUUUCACCUAUCAAAGUUAAAGACCUACGUGCAGCGAUGCCCAAUUGCGACCCUGAAGAUUUCUAUCGAGUGAUAACCAACAUGGUAAAUGAAACCAAGGCUUCCCAUGGACUCAUCUUCAACACUUUUGAAGAUCUUGAAGGACAAGCACUUGCCACAAUUCGCCAAGAACAUUACCCCAAUAUUCCAAUUUUCUCACUAGGUCCAUUUCACAAGUGCGGCCCAACAACCUCUUCUUCUUCAACUAGCUUAUUAUCACCAGACCAAAGUUGCAUUUCAUGGCUAAACACUCAAGCGCAAAAAUCUGUUGCUUAUGUUAGCUUUGGGAGCGUUGCCAAGAUAGAUCACGCUCAAUUUUUGGAGAUUGCUUGGGGGUUGGCCAAUAGUGGCCAACCCUUUUUGUGGGUGGUUCGACCCGGAUUAGUUCAAGAGUCGGACUGGCAUGAAACAUUGCCUAACGGAUUUCUAGAAGCAUUGUACGAAAGAGCCCAUAUCGUGAAAUGGGCUCCACAAAAAGAAGUGUUGGCCCACCCUGCAGUUGGAGCCUUUUGGACUCACUGUGGUUGGAAUUCUACAUUGGAGAGCAUUUGUGAAGGGGUCCCCAUGAUUUGCACGCCGUGUUUCGGUGAUCAAAUGGUGAAUGCAAGAUUUGUGAGUGAUGUUUGGAAGGUAGGGCUGCAAUUGGAGCAUGGGAUUGAGAGAGGUGAGGUUGAAAGAACAAUUAGAAGACUAAUGGUUGAGAAAGAAGGGGUAGAGAUCAAAGAGGGAGCCCUAAAUUUGAUGGAAAAGGCAAAGCAUUGCCUGAAAGAAGGUGGCUCUUCGUACCUAUCUUUGGAUGGCUUGGUUAAACACAUUUUAUCGUUAUAAAUCGUUUGUUUAAGAGAGUCAGUAUUAGCUAUUCAAUAAAAUAAAAAAAAUAAAGGCUUUUAGUAAUGUA